AUGAUUGUUUUCGAUUUAAUGACUAUUCAACAGCAUGAAUGCGAUUGCUUAAUUUUUUUACUUGUGUUCUAUUCACCCCAGCUGAUUCGUCUGCGCCCGGCACGCGCUACUACCAACGCAAUCGGCCGUAUCGAGCUGCUGACCUCUAGCGAACAGUUCGCCACUCGACAGUCUUCUUCGAUCUCCUUCGCUACUGCUACCGUCACUUCCCUGCCGGUCAUCCCGCAAGUUAUACCAGUGGCGGGCUUAAGCACCGCUACCUCUUCACCAUCACCGUCACCCGCCUCCUCCCCUUGGCGUUCACCAUUCGGCGUUAUCCCUUCGCCACUGGCAGCUGGCUGCGCAGCUGGCCAAUCCGGAGUCCCCAAAUUGGCUGGUUCUACACUUGGUGGCCUCUCUGCAACAGCUGCGGCUCCUUCCGCUUCAAUGCCUCAUGGAACAACCACUUUAUGGAUACCUGAGGCGUUAACAACCUCUGCGAAUCCUAUGUGUAUGCGGGCCUUACCUGUUCUAACGUCCUCCAAUGCUAGUACUGCUGCGACGACUAUCGCAGCUUCUGCGGAUGAUCUCUCUCUCACUGCCUCUGCCUCAAGUCUCGUUGGUUCUUCUACUAUAUCCUUUGACCAUGUUUCUUCAGUUGCCUGCGCUUUGGACUCAGAAGCCGAAGAAGCCCUCGGUGACACAGAGAGAGUCGGCAACAGCAAAAAAUCUCACCGGGCACGUAGAAUCCGGGAUAUCAAGUUUACCUCGUCUCAGGACCUUGCCAAUCUUCCCAGUAAUACGAGACCUCGUCGAGUCCUGAGACGACGUGUAAGUGCUACCUCCUCUCCUGGUGUUCGUGGAUUUUCGAGGUGGCUUCGACUUCGUUCGGCCCACACUGAUGGUCAAAGUGAAUCGACUAGUCCGGAGUUAAGGCUGCCAGCUGUAGAUAUAUCUGAUGUUGAUCAGCCAGAUCGUCCAUCAACCAGGAGCCAGUCCAAGUUGGAAAAAGCGUGUCAUUUCGAUGGUCAGAUCGGGCGUUAUCAUGCAGGUCCCGAAAAUGAGACUGCUUUAGCUCAUCUUCCUACUGAGGACGACUCAUAUUCAUCAAUUAGGCUGCAGCGAGGCGGGCGUAUACUGUUUGUUCGGGAGUCUUCUCUACCUAGGUUGGUAGAUGGCUUUAAUUUCGCUGAUUAUUAA